AGAAGCAGGAAGUGGCGAAGUUGUAAAUUCUAUUCUGGGCCGUUUAACGGGUCCCCGAGAAGAGACCGAAAGAGUGCGGUGAUAUUAAAACCAAACAACCUGCACCCCCAUCACCUCUCUCUAAUUUAUACCCCCUCCUAUGAUCGUACUUUUAAAAAAUACCCAUUAAUGUUAUAAGGUAACAAUUGGGAAAACAUGGUUAAAUUUGUAUCCAACAUGUACCACGGAAGCCACAGAUGUCUCUUCUGCCAUGUCCGAACUGGAAGCAUCAUCCUUACCGCUUCUUACACCGUUGUUUGGACUGUAAUGGCUGGAUUUGAACUGGUACGGUUGUUCAGGCCGGACUCGAGGGUAGAUGUCUCUAUGGUUGGUAUUCGUCUUGAAGGCAUCUUUCAUGGAGCGGACACUUUUACACCAUUUAUCUUUGACGUUUUCAUGACUGUUUUAAGUGGCUUAGGAGUUUAUGGAAUUAUUAAGUACUUUCCAGAUUUUCUGAUUCCAUUUAUAUGCUACCUGGUAGUUGACUUCCUCAUCUAUUGCAUAGAAGUAGUUGGCAUCUAUGUUGAUCUUCCAGAUUACAUGCAUGCAAAGCAUUAUAUUCAAAAUGUGUUUUAUUUCCCAGAACGAGACAGUCUGAUUGAACCAGGCUCCACUAAAGCCAUGAUUGCAUUCACGUUUCUGUUUCUAUGUGUUAUGGGUUUGAAGUCUUUCUUCAUCUACUCUACUUGGAAUUGUUUCAAGUUUAUUAAGGAAUUGGAACAGGAGAGCAGCUUAGUUGACACUCUUCUUAAUCUUCGUUCUCGGACUCAGCCACCAGCAUAUGAAGACAUUAUGAAGUUGCCAUUAUAUGAGGAGGUUGUAAAGGCACCAGAAGAAUUGCCACACAAGAAGUCUCCACCGUCAUAUACACCAAAGUAAUAUACAGUGACUAAAUAUGAACGUGUCCGUUCAGUACCUAUUUAGAUGUUAGCAUACAAUAUAGUAUUAAGAAAAUGCUGAGCUUUAUAACUGUCCUAUUUGCAUUUGUUGGCAGUUCAGUGAAUUUUAUAAUUGUUAUGCUUGUGAUUUUUGAGGAGCUUAUUUGUUUUGCUUGAGUAAAAUGGAAAUCAUAAAAUCAAAACCUGCUAAAGAGAGGAUUUCGGGUUCAGAUGAGUAUCGUCUGUAGUAGAUGUUAAAUUUCUAAUACUGGCUCUGAUAGCUAUUGGUGACGAUACUUGUUGGAAUUGACACGUUGAAAGUAUGUUCCAGUAGUGUUGAUACAGAUUGCAUUGAACUAUUAGGUAAUAGACUAGAUUUUCUGUAAAAGAAACAAAAUACUGGAAAUGCUCAGAGCACGGCUAGAUUUUGUACUCGCCUGUGGAAUCCAUCCCAACAUUUCUAAAUUGAUAAAUGUAUCUCCUUUCAAAAUCCAUCAAUAGGUCAUUUGGAGUGAAUUUUAGAUAGAUGAUAGCUACACACUUUCAGUUAGAUUUUUUUUAAAAAUAGAAAAUAGUAAACAUUUUGCUUCACAAAGUUACAGUGCCUCAAAAGUCUCUUUACCAGCUUAAAAAAAAUUUCCCAUCAUGUUUUAUUUACCUGAUAGAUGUAUUUUAAGAGCUUUACUGACAUUAAAGUAUACUUUAAACAGUCAUCAGAUGAGGUUCAACUCUGAAACUACUUCCUAAUGGUUUGGAUGCUGCACAUAAACAUUGUCAUUCCAGGCUGGUUUAGGAAUCCUUAAGGUUUUAACUUUUUUUUUCCACAAUUAACCAUCAUUUUAUGGAAGCUAUAAAUACUGGAUAAACACACAAGUCAUAACCUCUCUAAUAUUAUGGCACACUGCAUUCCUAUGUCUCUAGUACAGUCACCCUUCAGCCAACGAAUGUAUAGAUUGAUUAAACUACUUUGCAGAAUGCUUGCGUAUAUCAACAGAAGGUGAUUCAGUGGGGUUUGACUGUAGAAGAUUCAAGCUUCAGUGGAUUUGUGUCAAGCACGAAAUGAGCUAUUAGUAUUCCAACUGAGAUAUGUCAGGAUAAAACCUAUUUAUCAGGUUGCUAAAUGAGUACCUUAUGAUGAAUAGUUCCUAUUUAAACAUAUUCUAAUUACUUAACUGAAGGUAAACCACUCUUAAAAGUAUUGUAAUAUCCUACUGGCAGUGGAAAAGCUCGUAUGUUUGAAUGAGACUGAAACUAAGAUUGGAUGAAAAACAUUUACUCUGUAAGCUAAAGAUCAACUAAUUAAAAUUGUACUAUCUUCUAAUGACUGGUAUAAAUGUUGCUCCAGAGUGAUUUAUUUUAAUCUAAAUGUUGGUGCAGGUCAGAUGGAUGGAGUGUGGACAAGGACAAAAAUACUUUCUUUACAGAAUUUUCAGUGGAAUCAUAAACGAGUUCUUAAAAUGUUCUUUUAAAAAAGUAAGAAAUACUGCUCCCAAGGUCGAGUUAGUCAAAUCCAUAUUAAGUGUUUUCUUUCAAAAAAUAACCAGUUGGCUUUGUUCUUGUCCAUUUGAAAAGACAAUAUAUGAAGACUUUACAAACAUGUUUAAUGAGUGUCAGUUUUUGACCAUUGUGUGUUUACUGUUGCAUUUUGAGACGUGAUAGCUAUGAGGUUUUGGUAUUGUCUUUCCUGUUUGCUAUUUAAUGCUGAUGCAGCAUUUUAUUUUUCCAUAAUACUGCAUUCUACAGUACUUGCAGCUGAGUCCAUUAUAAAAUUUUCCAUUUAUCUGUGAUCUAUAAACCAUUUAAAAGGUGAUUUCAAUACUAGCUGCUUGUGUUACUUAAAAUCUACAGCUUGUGAGAACAAGAUAAAAAGCAUUAAAAUUGUUGAGACCUCAGAGGAUUAUUUAAGUGUACUUUUCAAAUUUGCAAAGUAAAAGUGCAACAAUUAUAAUGUAAUCUUUGUAUUUUUGAAAAUUCACAUAACAUUUUGAAAUCUGUGGUAUAUUUUGGCUAAACUGUGGCAAAUGCAACAACCAUCAAAUUUCUUUGCAAUCAAUAACAUUUUUAAAAAUGGUUCUGCUUCUGUAAAUGGAGAUUUUUCAAAAAUAAAUUGCACAAACAAUAGCAUUUUGUUGAGUUUUUCAAAAAUCUAAAUUGUUGGAAACUUUAAGCUCAUAUGCAGUGUGAGACCCCUGUACAAUGAUGCAUGUUAAUUUAUAGGGUAUGGAGCUGUUAUCAAUACCAUCUUACCUUUUAUCUGAACAAACAUUUUGGUCUCUGGAGCAAGUCUGUAAACCGAAGAAAAUGCAUAAAGUAUUCUUAGCAUCCUGACAGCACUUCCACCGAUAUCUGUUUAAAUCAUUACUUUUCAGGCACAGUAUCCUGGAGUUUCUGCUAUAAGUGUCAUCAAUCUGGGUGUAAAUUCAGUUCAAAACUCUUCCAGUUUUGACAACUGUUUACUUCCCCUAAAUUUCUGCUUAAUUAUUUGCAUAUUGAUGAACAUUAAACAUGCCAAGAAUCAAAACUUUAUACUUGUUUUCAUGUUUUAACAAAGAUCUGUAGCUCGGGUUGCAGCUGGAGUUGUGAUACCUCCCAGAAUCAGGCGAACCAACCGUCAACUUCAACAUUUUUUUAAAACUUGUGUGAAAACAUAGCUGAAUAUACUUGAAUGGUAAAUAUCACUUGUGAUCUAUUAAGCAAAGUAUGCACAUUUAAACUAGUGUCUAGUUCACCAUUUUGACCUGAUUUUAAAUAAUUGAAAGUGACUUUUGUAAAAUAUA